UUGAGCCCUAAAACGAUGAAAAUCCGAAGAAAGCAUCCGAUUUUUAUCCCAAAAGAAUUCCUUUUCGUGCCACUGAAGCUUCUCUGCUCUUCUUCUCCUUCUCCUCGAAACUCGCUCUUCAACUCAGCUCAGCUCAGCUCCACCGGUACAUCACUUUCUGUUGAUUCCUCAUCAGCAGCGGUGACUGAGUCAACUCGGCAGCGUCCAAAGUCACACUUGGUUGGAGUAGAGGGGAGUGACGACGGAAAGUUCGAAGACAGCGAAAUCGAAAAGUUUAUAUAUGACACAUCUCCACCUAAACAGGCUGAGGACCCGGUUGUCUACAAGCUUGUUCGGGUUGAAGGUGAUGGAAGCCUAGUGCCUGCCACAGAUGAUGAAAUCAUGGAAGUGGCAGAUCUGCUUAAAGAUGAAAGUAUCGACAUGGACAUUGUUAACGACAACGACAAAAACAUGUGCAUCACCAUUGAGGAGUCUUCUAACGCAACUACCCUGUUAGAAAGCUCAGGUUUUCUACAAUGUGAGAAGGAUGAAACUGAUGCAGGAAACAUAGAUGCAAUGGUUCAGGAUAGUGCUGUUCCUUUAUUGGAUAAUUCAGAUGCCAGGGAUAUUAUCCGAUACAGCGAUGCUGGAGAAUGCUCCAAUCCUCCAGAUCCAAUGGGAAGUGAAUUGUCACCUGCUGCUGUCUCUGGCAGUUCGAAGCCCGACUUUUCAAAACUAAAGGGAGAAAUUUGCCUCGAUAACCUGUCUAUUAGAGAACUUCAUGAAACUUUUAGGGCUACAUUUGGGCGAGAAACUACUGUCAAGGACAAGGCUUGGCUGAAAAGGAGAAUUCUCAUGGGAUUGACCAACUCGUGCGAUGUCUCAGCGACAAAUUUCACCAUAAAAGAUAACAAAGUACCGACAACAGGAAAUGAAGGAAACUCUAAGAAAGAAUGUAGUCUGGCUAAAUUUUCUGGUCCAGUUAGAGCAAUGGAUGAAAGCAACAAAUCCUCAGCAGUUGAGAACAUUAACUAUGAGGAAGAUUCUCAAGUAGUAUCUGCUAAGAGAUUGAGAUCUCAUGUCUUAGUUGAUAGUUACAAACCGGAUGGCACAAAUCAGGAGGAAGCAACUGCCAAGAGAAUGCGGAAGCCAACGAGAAGAUAUAUUGAAGAACUUUCAGAUGUAGAAUCCCGAGAGCGCACUAGCAGGCUAACAAGUUCAUAUAGGGGUUCUGGGCAGGGCUCUCCUCAAUCGUAUGCCACAAAAAGUGUCCGUUCUGAUAGUAGAACAUUUGUUACAAGGCUGGAUUCUUUUGCUGGGUUUCAAGUGCCAUGUGUCUCUCGACUCAGAAGAAGCCGGCCAAGGAAAGAUGUUAUGAGCCUUAUGAAAUUCCAUCAUAGCAGUAUGGGAGCAGCAGCAAAGAUAGUGAAGAAGGCUCUUCAUAGUUAUCAAUCAGCUAAUGAGGGUGGGAACAAUUAUGCAAGAGUCAAUUCUAUUCCAAAGCAGCUUGUGGAGGAAUCUGAGAUAUAUGGACACACCGCGGUUACAAAUAACACUGAGGGAGACCAGAAUACGACCCAAAGAGAUUCAGGCUCAUCUGAGGAUGUUUCCAACGAUAAUGUGGUAACUGUUCCGACGGCAAAAGGAGGAAUGAGAAGAAAACACCAUCGAGCUUGGACUCUCUCUGAAGUGAUGAAGCUAGUUGAUGGUGUUUCCAGGUAUGGAGCUGGGAGGUGGUCCGAGAUCAAACGUCUUGCAUUUGCUUCAUAUUCAUACCGCACCUCUGUUGACCUUAAGGACAAAUGGAGGAACCUGCUGAAAGCAGCAAACUUUGCUUCAGCCCCUACAGAUCUGAUGAACUCGAGGAAACAUGCUGUGACUCCAAUUCCGGCCCCUAUCUUAUCCCGUGUUAGGGAGCUUGCCGAGAGAAAUGGCCAGGCCUCUCCUUCGAACGUAAGCUCAAGCAAAUUCGGGCUCAGUGGGAGAACUCCGACUGGAUCUGCACCAGGGUACUUGUGACAGUCCAAGUAAAACAUCCAAGUGAGUAAUCGCCUCGGUCUCUAACUCUGGAUAAUAAAGAUGGCCCCAUUGUAUGUAACUUGUAGGGGAAGUAUAUUGGAGGACGACGAUCAGUCUGUGUCAUAUGCUGACAUGGGUGUAUCUUUGUGUGCUAGUUUCAAUUGGUGAAGGUAGGUAUGUUAGCUUAGCAUUGUAAAGUGCUUGGAUCUUUGCCUUUAAAGUGACUUAGCAAACUGUCGAAAUUGUUAAGUGAGAGCCAGCUUCUAAUUGUCUAUACUUAAGAUUGAUGUUUGUUGUGUGCA